GUCAGAGAGAAAUGGCGAAGACCUCCAAUCUUGGCCAAUCAGACCGUAUAUAAUUCAUUAAUUUCUACGACCAAAUCAUCAUCAGGCUCUUCGCUCUUCGCUCGUCGCUCGUACUCCCGUGAAAUGCGUCGGACACCGUCGCUGCCACGGCACAUCAACGGUCAGUCACGGGGUCGUGUCUGAACUCAGACAUACUCGCGAAAAGCACACAAUCAAAUUCUAGUAGCGAUGUUCUCGGAGUCGGGAGGCUUUGCUUGCUCCGUCGCUCUCUCAUGGAUCUGCUACUAGGGUUCGGCUUGUGAAGCGACGUCGCGUCAAAUCCCUCCUUCUCCAAAGAUGAAGCACAAAAGCGAGCCUGCUCAUGUUACUAAGCUAGUGAAGUACGUUCUGGUCGGACUCGUUGUUUUUCUGGGCUUGAUUUGUCUGUACUGCGGAUCUUUGCUCGCCCCGGGUUCUCGGAGAGCUGAUGACGAUGCCACCGCCGACGGCGUCGAUCCCGUGCUCGGCGGAUAUGUACGUGAAGACGGUGAUUUCGAUGACUUGUUCGAAGAUCAAGAGCACAAUCCGGAAGUUCCCAAAAGCAUACCUGUUUGUGAUAUGAGGUUUUCGGAGUUGAUACCUUGCUUGGAUAGAAAUCUCAUAUACCAACUGAAAUUGAAGCCCAAUUUGGCAUUAAUGGAGCACUAUGAGCGGCAUUGUCCACCUCCAGAGCGGCGCUACAAUUGCCUGAUUCCACCCCCAAUUGGUUACAAGAUCCCUAUUAGAUGGCCGGCAAGCAGGGAUGAAGUGUGGAAGGUGAAUAUACCACACACACAUCUUGCAUCAGAGAAAUCGGAUCAGAAUUGGAUGGUUGUGAACGGAGAUAAAAUAAAUUUUCCUGGUGGUGGAACCCAUUUCCAUAAUGGAGCUGAUAAGUACAUCAUUGCUCUUGCGAGGAUGCUUAAGUUUCCUGAUGAUAAACUCAACAAUGGGGGAAACAUCAGGAAUGUUCUUGACGUGGGUUGUGGGGUUGCAAGUUUUGGGGCCUAUCUUCUCCCCCAUGACAUUAUGGCUAUGUCUCUUGCGCCCAAUGAUGUUCAUGAGAAUCAAAUACAGUUUGCACUGGAGAGGGGGAUCCCAUCUACUCUUGGUGUCUUGGGGACAAAGAGACUUCCUUAUCCAAGCAGAUCAUUUGAAAUGGCUCAUUGUUCACGAUGUAGAAUUGAUUGGCUUCAAAGAGAUGGGAUUCUCUUGUUAGAACUGGAUAGAUUACUAAGACCAGGUGGGUAUUUUGUGUACUCUUCUCCUGAAGCCUAUGCACGGGAUGCGGUAAAUCGAAGGAUUUGGAAUGCUACAUCUGAUCUGCUGAAAAGGAUGUGCUGGAGAGUUGUUUCAAAGAAAGACCAGACUGUUAUAUGGGCGAAGCCGACAAGUAACAGCUGUUUUGCAAAGAGAGACCCUGGGACUAUCCCCCCUCUGUGUAGUUCCGGUGAUGAUCCUGACGCCUCUUGGAAUGUGUUCAUGAAGGCAUGCAUCACACCAUACUCAGGAAAGGUGCACAGACAAAAAGGGAGUGGAUUAGUUCCUUGGCCACAAAGGCUUACCACUGCACCCUCUCGCCUCGAAGAAUUUGGUAUCAGUGCUGAGGAAUUCCAAGAAGACACUAGCAUUUGGUAUUUUAGAGUGUUUGAGUACUGGAAGCAGAUGAAGUCUGUUGUAGAGAAGGACUCCUUCAGAAAUGUCAUGGAUAUGAACUCAAACCUUGGUGGAUUUGCUGCCGCUCUUAAAGAUAAAGAUGUUUGGGUGAUGAAUGUUGCUCCUGUUAAUGCAUCUGCCAAACUGAAGAUCAUAUAUGAUCGAGGCUUGAUUGGAACAGUUCAUGAUUGGUGUGAAUCAUUUUCUACAUACCCACGCACCUACGAUCUACUUCAUGCCUGGCAAGUGUUCUCAGAGAUUGAGGAACAUGGCUGUAGUUCAGAGGAUCUACUAAUUGAGAUGGAUCGGAUACUACGGCCAGAUGGCUUUGUCAUUAUAAGGGACAAACCCUCUAUCAUAAAUUAUAUACAGAAGUUCUUGAUUGCAUUAAGGUGGGAUGGCUGGUCAAUAGAAGUAGAACCAAGGAUUGAUGUUCUUUCUGCCAGUGAUGAAAGAGUUUUAAUUGCAAGAAAGAAAUGGGAGGAGGUUUCAACAAUUUGAAAUCUGCUUCCUUUUGCCCUGGCAGGCCAGCUGCUGCAGGGGAGCAACAACAACUUAGUACCCAUGAAAAAGAGUGGGGGUGCCAGGACCUCUGUUGAGUUGGAGUUGGCAUUUAGGACCAAGAUUCCAUAAUUUUUGAGAAAAAGUCACAGCAUGUAAAGAGACAAGUGAUUAGGAAUGCAGCCAUAUAGAGAUACAGCCUUAUCUGGAAGAACCAGUGGGGCAUGAGUUAAGCUAUAAAUGCGUUAUUUGAAUAACAUUUUUUGUAUUCAUAGGGUGGGUUUUCAAGUAAUUAGUAUCGCUUCCUAA